UCACUCAGUGUACUACCGACCGCUCUUGCUCGAGGACGAUUCGUUGUUUCUCGUAAGCGGCAUUUAUUACGCAGUUACGAGAUUUGCCGACCGCGUGGGCAUUUGCAAGUUACCCUUGUUGCGCUCGUUUUUCGGAUGAUACCAAAGUGCAAUAUCCAGUGAUACAUAUAGUCAUUAAUAUGAAACAAAGUUUUCUAAUACUGCCAGACAGACCAGUUUAAAAAAAGACACUAAAGUUUGCAAUUUUUGUUUUUAGUGUUAGUGAUAAUUACGGACAACUUUAAUUUUGAGCUAUCUUACAAGGUUAACACUUCUAGCCCGUUAGCGAUGAAUUGGAAAAUCGGCGCGUAGUCGCUCACGUGGUGCUCGCCCCGCCCCCACCUCGCUCCGCGCUUAUAUUUAGCGAAAAUCGCCUCUAGGGAGCGGCCCGACGGCAGAUACGUAAACGCUCAUCGCUGUUUAUGCACGACGCCACAUGUUAUCGGUUUCGUGUAACAGAGCGAUAAGAAGUUAGAUAACCUUUGCGGAUCGCGGACUGAGACGGACUGAUCACGUUCUGGAAAUAUAAAUAUUCACUUUAAAAUAUAAACUUAAGUUGUGAUGGUAAAAACCAAAGUAGAUACGUGCCAUUGAGCAUUGCGUACGACACACCCACCAAAAAAAUUCCACAGCCUAUCAACAUUACGCAUCAAAAUGACUCUACAAAGAGGAAGUAGUUAUCAUAGUCCAUGGUCUUCACAGACAGGGCUCUCAGAACUUGAUGGAACUAUGGUGGAAUUGGACCCUGUGGGAGAAUUAGCAGAAGUUGGCUUUGAACCACAAACGCGCGCUCGUUCUAACACGUGGCCACUGCCCAGGCCAGAAAACUAUAUUGAACCCGAAGAUUCUGGCUCCAAAAAGAAUUCCAAUCAGAAUCUAAGCGGUGCACCACCUCUGCCAUCUUCAGUUACAACAAAAAAGAACUCUUCGCGACGUAACGCUUGGGGCAAUCUUUCCUACGCUGAUCUCAUCACACAAGCCAUAACCUCCUCUCAAGACAACAGGUUAACGUUGUCUCAAAUAUAUGAGUGGAUGGUCCAGAAUGUGCCAUAUUUUAAGGAUAAGGGCGACAGUAAUUCCUCUGCUGGAUGGAAGAACUCGAUCCGGCACAACCUGUCCCUCCACAAUCGGUUCAUGCGGGUCCAGAACGAGGGUACAGGCAAGUCGUCAUGGUGGAUGAUUAACCCGGAUGCAAAGCCUGGCAAGUCUGUGAGAAGACGUGCUUUAUCGAUGGAGACUUCAAAGUCAGAAAAAAGAAGGGGCAGAGUUAAAAAGAAGCCUGAAGGAUUAAGAAAUGGAGUCGCUGCUGACGCUACGCCGAGUCCGAGUAGUUCAAUAUCCGAAAGUAUCGACACUUUUCCAGAUUCCCCGAUACACAGCAGCAGUUUUCAGUUAUCACCGGACUUCCGUCAGAGGGCCUCGUCCAAUGCGUCAUCUUGCGGUCGGAUGUCUCCAAUACCUUCUUUAAUAACUUCGGAGCCAGAAUGGGGAUCAGAUUAUAACCCUGUAGGAGACUUUGUUUCGACCAGUGAUUUCUCUUCAGCCGAUUAUACUCAAGACCAAGACCUAGCAGGAACUCUUGCCGAUUCAAUGAAACUACACGGAACAGACCCUUUUCUAAAUACGUACGUUCCCACAACUUCGUCAUCGUCAUCGGGUGGAAGCUAUCGAUUCGCGUACGGCGCUUGUCAGCAACACCCUCAUGGCGCCUGUGCCUGUGCGUCGUUAUAUCCCGCACAUCCCACCCAUCCGCACCGACACGCGCUAGACCAUUUUGUAAGACCAUCGCCACCUGCCGAUCCCGCUGAUAUUAUGCUUACGGAAAAUAGUCAGACACAAAUGGUGACGACGGCUGACCCUACGCUCAUGAACGGUGGUGUAAUGGUGCAGACAAGUGCCGUGGGCCCCACAACGGUAAUGGGGCAGAUCAUGGGAGCUCUUUACACUGGUCUCUCGGAGGACUUGAAUAUUGAGACCUUGGAACACAACUUUGACUGUAACGUCGAUGAGGUCAUACGACAUGAACUCAGCAUGGACGGUACACUAGACUUCAACUUUCCCCAACAAAAUACGGCGAUGGCGUCCGAAGCGGAGAGUCAGUUCGUAGCCCCUGCACCACCGGUGCCCACAACACUCUCAGGUGGUGGAGCUCCCCACACCACCUACUCCGGACCCCCCUCUUGGGUCCACUGAAAAAAAUUAGUUACCUGCUUAUAUGUUGAAAUAUGUAAAUGCCAUAUUCAACACAUAUUUAUCUUUUACGACACGACAUACGACACAAACAGAUUCUGUUCGAGUUGUUAAUUUUGCAUAUUAGUCGAGAUUUUUGUUUAUCAUGUUAACUAAUGUUAGAAUUUUAUUUAGCGUUAAUGUUAAGCCGGCCGCUGCCGAUCGUUGUUAAAGUGUCAAUUGUGUUAGCGUAGGUAAUAGUCGUAAGCUAGGUGGAAGCUUGUGAUAUGAAUAGUUUAUUAAUAAGUAGAGGACCGAGGAGGGGGGCAUGUGAUGGGACCUUAUCCUGUGAUCAAAAAGAUUUAACUAGGCCUUCAUUGAUGAUGCUGUCCUCUUUCUGAAGAAAUUUUAAACCGUGAACAAUUAAAGCAAAUUUUUGCUACGAAAAUUGUUGCAAAGUGAAAAGUUGACAUUAAAAUCUAUUUUAUUGGGUGAUAAAUGUUAACGUAGUGCGUUUUAUAUUUGAAAAAGAACUGAGGUAAAAGUAAAAAAAAAAAUUGUUUGUGCGUGUAUAUUUUUCUUAUAAAUAUAUAAGAAAAAAGGUGAAUAAUUUGUGAAUAAAAGUUAUAUAACUAUGUAUAUAUAAUUAUUUUAUAUGGCACGAAUUUUCUGGACUACAUUUUAAACAAAAAUAGUCAAUACAAGGUGUUUUUUACCUGGUAUGGUCGUCCGAGAUCACAAUCGAAGCCCUUAUUUAUGUACAUUUUAAUAAAAAAAUACCAUAUAGGUACUUCAAUUGAUUCUUAAAUGUUUUAUGCGGGCCAAUUGUAUAAAAUUAAGAUAACUAAUUUAUAGGAUGAUAUAUAAAUGUUAUUUGUAUUUAAAAUUAAAUUAAGUACACUUGCGUUUUAACAGAAUCAGUAGUUUCAGUAUUUGGAAUAAAAUUAAAUUUACGAAAUAAUGAACAUGUUUAUUCUUAUUUAUGAUUGAAAUUAAUAAAACGUAAUAGUAGAAAUGUGAAAUAUAAAUAGUUUAGUUGGUUAAUAUGAUUGUAUCAAAUUAAUUUUAAACAUAUCGUAUCAAUUAUUAAUUUUACAAGCUACAGGUUAUUUCUUAUUUUGAUCAAUUAAAAGGAAAUCAACUUCAACGUGGAUGAAAUUCAUGUACAUAAAAAUAUAUCAGAAUGAACGAUUUAAAAAUCAUGUAUAAAAAUGUUGUUCAAAAAUUGUCAUAGUAUAGAAGACGUGUAUUAACAUAGCGAUGAAAAGCACAAACAAAAGUCAAUAUAGUCAGAUCUCUAGUCCCAAAUAAUAAAUAUUUCGUAUAAGCUACUUCUUCAACUGUAGUAGAUAUUAGCUGUUGUAGUGGCGAAGACUUUCGCGUAAAAUUACUCGAGCAAAGCUAGUUCACUUUGUAAAUUACUUCAGUGGACUGUUUGUGAUAGAUUUAUCAAAUAAGUGUUCAAUUUAGAAAAAUAAAUGUUAGUCAAUUCCUGUUAUAUUUGACGUCCAUAUAAAUGUAUAUUAGUGCACAAAUUACUUUUAUACAUAUUUUGCGGAUGAUACCUAUAGUUUUUUCUACAUGAUGUUCCCAAUCAAUCAUCAAAUCAAAUAGUUAUAUAUUUUAUUGUGAAAUGUUAUCCGCUUAAUUGCCGCUUUUUAUUCAAUAGCAAUUAUAACAUAUUCAAUACAGCUGAUAUCGGUGCUAUAAUUAAUAUUUUAAUGAAAGAUUUUGAACGCUUUGUUUUUAUUUUAAAUAAGAAUGGACGAAUAAUUAACUUCCAAAGUAGUAACGCAGUAUGCUAUAAUUAAAUGCUACGUGUAUUUUACUUGACCUUAGAAAACUUGGGACAUCGGACGUUUUAGAGUAAUAUAAGUUUUAACAUAAUUUUAUAGAAUCUUAAAAUAGAUAGGAAAUUUGUAGUUUUAAUUAAUAUUUGACUUUAAGUCAUUUAUAUUUUUAAUGUAGUAUUUGUUUCCUUAUUUUUUUAAUUCAUAGUAACCAUUGCCAAAACAAACAUAUUAUCUGUAACAUUGUGUAACCAUUAUUAUUAUUAUCGUAUUAAAUUAAUUAAAAAAACUAAAAUUAAAAUGUAUAAGAUGAUCGGUUUUGGUGGUAUCUCAAAUAGGUAGGAAGAACGUUAGUUAAUUAUUAUAUCAUAUGGUUGUUAUGCGUAAUAUACAUUUAGAAAGUAUAUGAGCUAAAUCUUGGUGUCAAUCCAUAUGGUCAAUUAAGUAUGGACAUGUAAAUGUUUCACGGUUAGAAUUAAACGUGAAACAUCGCAUUAUGGUUGUAAUGUGCUUUUAAUCUUAAGAUUGUGGAAGAAAAAUGUAAUUUGUACAAAUUUAUGAAAGGUUUUAAGGAUUUUCGUAGCAUUAUAAUUAUUAAAGAAAUUCAUACUAGUAACAAAAAUAUAACUUAGUUCGAUCACAUAGAAAAUUAAAAUUAUUUACGAAGGUAUGGCGGCUUAACUUUAUUAAACAGUAGUGAGGUGACAAACUGAUUGUAAGUGGUAAAAAUAAUUUACAAUUAGUAUAUGUUAUUUUUUUACUCAUUAGGUACAUAGUACAUUUUAAUUUCAUAAUAAAUGAAUCAAGACUAUCAAGCCCGUUAUAGUAACGCUAUUGUCAACUAGUAGUGCUCUGUCAAUGAUGCCGUCUAUAUUUUUCGUUAUUCAACGUAGAUAACUAUUUUGAGCAAUAUAGGCUUUGUACCUAUAUAAAGUAAAAUAAUAUUUAUAUUUUGUUAAUACGAUAAGUAAUAUGAACAUAAUAAAAAAGCAAAAAGUAGUUAAAGAACAGAUUUUAAUGGAUAAACAUAAAUUAUUAGUAAAAAUAGUCAGAGCAAAGUUAAAUACUGUGAAAGAUUUUUUUUGCAUAGUUGUUCAAGAGGGUAAUUUAAAAAAAAAUGGAAAAAGUUGUGUAUUUAUUGUUUUUGGAUUUUCUAUGUGAUUAGAAUAUAUUGUAUUACUAGUAUUUUUGUAGACAAAUUAUAUGUACGAUGUAUAUGCUGUUGUAUUUAAAAGGACUAGGGACAUCAUGAUUACAAUAUUAUUACUUAGAAUACAAACUAAUUCUGAGCAUUAAUAUUAAAUUUAAAAACUAAACAUGCUCAAUAAAUGUACAUCAUGAAGUCCAUUAAAAAUUUUCAUUAAUUAAUUAACCUUUUUUUUUAUAUUAUCUGUUCAUUAUUGUUUUCAGAAUUAAGAAAGUUUAUUGUUAUUUUCUUUAUAAUAUAUGUAUAAUGUGAUUUAAGUUGUUUAACUUAAGUUUUUUGUUAUAACGAGUUCAAUCGUUAUUUCAAUAACUGUAAGACUUUUUUGUAUAUUAAUAUAAACAUAUUAGAUGUUAGAGCCUUAACUGACCUGCAGUGCUUAUAAAUUCAUUAUAUCAACUGUAGUAAUGAUAUUCGCGACGUAUGUAGUCGUACCUAUCUUACAUUGCUUGUAGAAUUGUCUACUAAAUGUUUAUUUUUAUAUAAAAAAAUCAUUGCUUGUUUUAUUAUCUUAAGAUCAGGCACGCCAACCUACAGACAUCUAAUAAUUUUGCAAAACGUUAUAAAUUAUGUAAUAUUAUCUUAUGUUUAUGACGUAACAAAUUGUUUUUGUUGGUUGCUUAUUUUUAAUGAAACAAUUUUAAGACAAAAUGUCAAAGAAUUAGAUAAGAAAAUUAUGGGUUUAAAUGUAAAUAUAUAGAUGACAACAUGUAUGUUGCGAUACAUAAUACUUAUUUAUGUAUUAAAUUUGUAAUAUUGUU